GAUUCAGUGAUACAUUGUGACACGGAGAGAAUCCUCCUCAGGAUCAUCAGUGCUACACUGUAACAGAUUCAUUUGAACUUACUGAGUUAGUAAUGCUGAAAGAAGUUUGACUAACGUUUUAUUUCCUCUACCUGCGAACAUUUUGGAUUAUUCGGACACUUUAGAAAGUUUGGACAAGUUCUACGGAUGAGACUCUUUCAUCUGGAUAUUUAUCCUUAUUACCUCAGUUAAAGCGUCAGAAUGUUUAUGUGUGUUUUUAAAAACAGCUCGUGUUUGGCUGUGAUGUAUUUGGUGUUCUGCGUGCACGUGAGUGAGUGUCAUGAAUGCUCCCCAUGCGCGCUCCGCGCGUGCCCGCGGCUCAGCCCGCUCGGGUGUGAUUCGGCUCGGGUUCUGGCCCGUGACCCGUGCGGCUGUUGUGAGCAGUGCUCUCGGCUCGAGCUCGAGCUGUGUGCUGGUCCGGACUGGACUCUGGGCUACUGCGGGUCUGGACUCACCUGCGCCGCUCUGAACCGGACUGGACCGGCGCUCAUACCUGAGACAGGUGUCUGUAAAGCGUCAGCUGACACCACAGAUGAAGACGAGCGCUGCCUCCUGGUGAGCGGGUGUGAUCGCGUGAACGGCGAGUGUGUGUGCGAGUCCAAACACUCCUGUAUUGGGACAUACAGCUAUCCGAACAGAGACGCAUGUGUACGCGCCGGGGAAACAGGGUCUCGUCGUCAUGAUCACAGACACGGGGAGAAGUUUGUCGGUGCUGUUAAUCCGGCGUGCGUGUUCUCCGGUUGUAACCUGACGUCUGCCGGCUGUGUUUGUUCAUCUCAGAGUUGCGACGAUCAUUUCACGUACAUCAACCGCAGUCAGUGUCAGCGAGCCGCAGAGGAACAGAAAUGUGCAGGAGUCUGGUGCCCGCCUGUGCCCGCCCCAGAGUGCCCGUCUGAUUCAGUACCAACCCGCAGCUACACACCUCCUGCAGACUGCUGCCCGACAUUAUCCCCUCAGUGCACUUGUGCCCAGUGCCCACCCCCGCCAGACUGUAGCAGCAGGCACAGAGCUGUGUUGGUGAGAGAGGGCACUGGAGCGCCAGGAGACUGUUGCCACAACUACACCUGCCAGAGAGAUUCUCCGCGGUGCGUUCAUAACGGGAAGGAUUUAGCGGAUGGCGACGUGUAUCGGAUGGACUCGUGUUGGCUCUGUCAGUGUCGGGCUGGAAUAUCAUUCUGCACUAAAGACGAAUGUGCCGAACUGGUCUGUGAUAACUUCUACGUUCCUGAGGGUGAAUGUUGUCCCGUCUGUAUAGAUGUGGAGCUGUUGUCGCUGGAGAGCACGAAGGCGAGCUGCUGGAUGGAUCAUAAACUGCGAGCUCACGACGAGCAGUGGAAAGAAGACGAUUGCACGUUCUGUCAGUGUGUGGACGGAGAACCUCACUGUACCGCGAUGGCCUGCAAACAGAGCUGCCAGAACCCCGUUAAAAUCCCCGGAGAGUGCUGCCCGUUCUGUGAGGAGCCAUCAUAUGAGACAGUGAGUCCGCUGCUGUGCCCUCCGCUGGAGAACUGCUCGCUCUCUGGGCACCACUGCCCAUAUGGCUUCCAGCAGGACCCCAGUGGCUGUCUGCUGUGCCAGUGUGUGAGCAAUGACACCUGUCCUGAUUUGUCCUCCUACUGUUCUCUGGAGUGUCCUCUGGGAUAUCACAAAGAUCACUAUGGUUGUGAAGUUUGUGAGUGUAGCGUACCAAAUUGUCGCCCCAUGACCUGUAGCAAGACCUGUCCGUAUGGAUAUGUGAGGAACAAACACGGUUGUGAGAUGUGUCGCUGUGUGAAGUGCCCCCCGUUCACGUGUGACAAACACUGCAGCGACGGCUUCAGGAAGAACAGAAAGGGCUGCAGUAUCUGCGAAUGUAACGAUCGUCAUGUGACCAGCACGACGGCCUCCAUUCAGCCGAUGCCCGGUUACUGUCUGACAGGUAGUGGGCGGCGCUUCGAGGAGGGUGACAGCUGGCACGACGGCUGCCGUGACUGUUACUGUCAUUCUGGGCGUGAGAUGUGUGUGCUCAUUUCCUGUCUUGUGCCCACCUGCGCCCACCCUGUGCUCAGACCACACCAGUGCUGCCCCAGCUGUGACGAUGAGUCUGGCAGCGGUCUGGUGGCGGGGAUGGACAUGGUGGUGUGUCGCGCUCCGGACGGGGAACUAUACGUGGAAGGAGAGUCAUGGAGUUUGGACGAGUGCACGCGCUGCACCUGCAGACAGGGUCGUGUACUCUGUGAUUCUGAAGUUUGUCCACCUGUCCUCUGCCACAUGCCAAUCAAAAACAAAGACACCUGCUGUUACACCUGCCCAGAGGACAAACUCAAUCCCCUCCUUCCUGUCAACAAUAGCCAACAGGAAUACUGCAUUUCUACUAAUGGAGAAAUCCUAUUGGCUGGUGAUUCGUGGAAGUCCAACGCCUGCACCAGCUGCACCUGUCGCAACGGGACGGUUGAGUGUUUUUCGCAACACUGUCCACCUGCCAGCUGCAGAGUACCAGUGCUGCGCAAGGGCCAGUGCUGCCCACACUGCCUAGAGGUCACAACAAUCUCAGUGCCAAUAGUGCUAUCCACCGCAGCGACCAAACACAACGUCAAAUCCACAGCUACCGUCACAGAGAGUCGGACAGCAUGGAUCACAACAGUUCCUCCAAUCUUUGCAGUUACAGAUGGUAAAGGUCUGUCUAAGGACGUUCCCAGCCAAAUGGAGAUGACUCUCAUUUACCAAUCAGCAGCCUGGAUUCUGGCGGGAAUCCUCUUGGCCAUCGUCAUCUUCCUCAUCGUGGCCGUCCUCAUCAACUGGAGGAAGAACUGGGUGCAAAUGUCCUGCUACAGCGCACCCAAAAAGACCGUGAUCCUGAAGAAGCACGUCAACAAGAGCUCGGUCGUGUACAUGGAACCAUCUAAAGAGUACAAGUUCCAGAACGUGAACAGCGAUUGUAGUUCGAACUUCCCCCUGGACGUGGGCUCAUCCUGUCCAGAACGGAUCACCAUCCCACGAGCCAAACUCGCCAGUGGACACGCCAGGGUCCAACGUUAACUUCUCCCACCACAAACAUCUUCCGGAAGGCCUGCAGAGUACUUUCUGUCACUCGCUGUAUCUCCACAUCACACUUAAGAAACUCCAAGCGUAUGCUGGCGACUCCUGAACAUACCGUUGAUUCAUCAGGAGCAAAGGAAAUAAAUAAGUUUUGUGAAACAUUUGUGUUUAUGAUGUUUGGAACUUCAAAAUGCUCUCGUGUUUCAGUGGGAACACCGGUUUCAUGGACGCCAAGUUCCGUGCCAUUCCAUGUUGGGGAGACGGCUGAGAAGUUUAGAAUUCAGAUGGACUUUUCGACUAUAGAUGACGCCAUAGAUAAGUUCCUGUUUAAAGACAGCCGACAGUAAGUUGAUUAAACGGAUUGUUGGGUUCACGACACGGACGAAUAAAAAAGUGAGCAGAAAUGUAACCAAGUGAAAUGUAUCUUCUCGUAAUCAAACGUACAUUGAGGCCUUACAGGACAAACACGUUUCCUGACCUCUUGAUUCUGUUUUGUUCAUUUUUAUAUCAAGUGUUUUUCUUGUAGUUUUCUCGUUAGUCACUUUAACGGCAUUCAUCACUCCUGGUGCUUUAGAUGACCUGUAGAUGUCUUGAGGUCUUGAAGACAGAAGUGCCAUUUGGAUGUUUUCCCAAUAAAGUGAUACCCAAUUUCAGUAUUCGUAUUUUCAGUAUUCGUAUAGUGAAUCAUUAGUGUAGAUGCAUAUGCUCAUAUGAACUACAUAUGACGUUUGGAGAGCAUUUAUCUUUGAGUUGUCUGAUCCUGUUUGACCUGUUUGAGGCUAUAUCUCAAGAUGAUCCUAUACCGUUUUUCCAGAAGUCGCUUCUGUUGGUCAAGGUUCUCCUUUACUAUCCACUCUAAUUCAGACAUUUAAAAUGAUUUCAUAUUGUUAAGAAAUUCAUAGGCAAGCAUGUUUAUACUUGUCUACACAACGUAUUUCCUAAAUGUGUCAUAUCACCUCCAUGUCUUCAGCCACAACAGUGGCACUCGUCAAAGGAGAAUCUGAGUGAAUGCAUUGCAUUGUUUGCGAUUACUAAAUGUACAAAGAAGUAUAGUAGAUGUAAAAUCAUAGUAGAUGAUGAAAGUAUCUUAUUUAUUUUUUCAUGUAGUUAUUUAUUAAUACUAAACACUAGUUUUCGUAAUUGACAUUAUUGUCUGAUGUUUUGAUGUUGGCAGAGAAACCCAAAGCUGCUGUACAGAUUUUGUAAACUGUUUUGCAUCUGUCUGCUUUAUACUCCCAAGCUUAUUUAUUUGACUUGUGCAACGUGUAAAUACAAACCUUGAACUGUAACAUUUACACUUGUUUCUGCAAAUAAAAGUAUGUGUGUACUA